GAGUGACCACUAGCUUGUAAUCUCUCUAACACCGGCCAUGAUGAAGGGUCCUGCUCUGCUCUUUGCAGCUCUAAUGCUGCUGCUGAUUCCUGGGACUUUGACUCAGGAAGAUAAAACAGCUCCCAUCGAUGUGGUGGUGGAGACCAGCUUACUGGGCUCCUCUCCUGUGACCUUCAGCACUCAUGUCGUUCACAGAGGGAUCCUGCUGGGAGCUCUGAAGAGACUCAUGGCCGCUAAUGGAGACUUCAAGUUCACCUACACAGAGGAUCCAAACUAUGGCCCGUACCUGGAGAGUGUGAAUGGCGUGGCAGGAAAUGAUAAAGAGCGCACAUACUGGGAGCUGCUGGUCAAAACUCCAGAUGGUGAAAUCAAAAGGCCUGAUGUUGGUGUUGGAUGUUACAUUCCCAGUGCUAAUGAGCAAAUCAUCCUGAAGUUUUCAAAGUGGUGAAGAUUGAGCAACCUGCAGCAUGCACCAACAUGACAUCAGAUGAAUGAUGGAAUGAUUGCAGCUGUUUUUCAUAUGUGAAAAAUCAAACGCCAUGCCUCUGUGUGAAGAGUCGAGUAAAUAAAACAUUAAAACAUG